CAGACGUGGAUUCAAAAUUGGAUAUAAAGUUAACUUUUCGAGAAGAAUCCGUUUAUGUGGUAAUCGAAAAAAAUAAAUUGAAUUAUGAAGAAAUUCAAAAUCAAUUCAUUAAAAAAUUUGAACAUUUCGUUCCUGAAAAAUGUAAAAUACAAUGGAAAGAUCGUGAUUGCGACUGGAUCUUGUGGGAAAAAGAUGAUGCUGAUGAUGUUGAUUCUAUUAAGAUCAUAAAAAGCAUGGCGAAUUAUAAUCACAACAUACUUAAUUUUCGAGGAGUUAUCAUCGAUCAUGUGCUGGAAAAUAUUAACGGUGGUGAUACUUUGAGUGUAAAAGCAUUAGUCAAAAGUUACAAUCAUGCACUUAAUGAAAAUCGUAAUAUGGCUGAACGAGGUAUUCAACUUGAUAUUAUACGUCAUAUAAUGAUUGUCACAAAACCUAGUGAUCAUAGGUUAAUUGAUUCUACGCGUGAAGUGGCAAUUUGGUUAAUUGAAUCUUAUCAUCAAAUUCACGUUUAUAUUGAUCAUAAUUUUAAGAAUGAUUAUGAGAGCGUGAUCUCUGAACAUGAAAAUUACAAGAAUCGAAUUCAUUUUUGGAGUACAAAUGAGACACGUGAAAAUAUUGAUUUAAUCGUUACCCUUGGAGGAGACGGGACGGUCUUAUUUUCAUCAUGGAUGUUUCAGCGUGACGUACCACCAUUGUUAUCAUUUCACCUCGGUUCCUUGGGUUUCUUGACCUUAUUUGAUUUCGAUGAUCAUCGACGUGUUUUACGUAAUGUUAUCGAGGAAGGUGGUGUACGCAUUAACGUCAGAAUGCGCCUUAAUUGUUCAAUUUAUAGAAAUAAUAAAAAAGAAAUAGACAAUAUCGAUUUCAAUUCUGAGCCAUCUGAAAGUUUUCAAGUGUUGAACGAAUUAUAUAUAGACCGUGGUGAUGCUGGGAACAUGUUAGAAAUGAUAUUGUGCAUGGAUGGUUGUCAAAUUACGUCAAUUUGGGCUGAUGGUCUUAUAAUGGCAACAAGUACAGGAUCUACAGCUUAUUCGCUUUCUGCCGGAGGAUCUCUUGUUCAUCCUGAUCAAAAUUCCAUCUUGAUUACUCCAAUCGCACCACACACACUUACAGCAAGACCAAUGAUUAUUCCUGGAUUCAAAAAGAUAAGCAUCAGCGUUCCUUUUACAAGUAGAAUCUCUGGUUGGGUUUCGUUUGAUGGUAGGAAUCGUACUUCACUUGCUCUUGGUGAUACCAUUGUGGUUACUGCUUCAACAUAUCCUUUGUUGUCAAUAUGUCGAAAGGAUCCUUAUGAAGAUUGGUUUCGUGGAUUAAGUCAAAUUCUUAAUUGGAAUCAUAGAAUUCCUCAAAGACCAACCUAACCUUUUAAGGGAUCUUUUCGAUUUCUGGUCUGGUGGCUGUUAUAAUAUAAGUUGAAAAAUAUAUUAUUUCAAAAAAAAAAAAAUUCGGUUUGGUUUGAUUAAAAAAUUUGAUUUAGGUAAUAUUUAAAUUAAGGAUUUUCUUUAAUAAGACGCGUAAGAUAAUUCAC